GAUUACCGGUUCGUUACGCAAGCAACAGGUUCUGGUGUGAUUUCUGGUUGGACUCCGAUUAGAUUCUUGCUGUUUCCAAGUGUUCUUUGCUUUGGUAGUUGCUAAAAGUUAAUUAAAUUCCAAGAUGUCCGCCCGACUGCUGCAGGCCACGCGUCGCUGGAGCGCCCAGCGUACAUACAGCUCGAAGAUAGCCGAAGUUGUGGUGGUUUCCGCUGCCCGCACUCCAAUUGGCAGCUUCCAGAGCCAGUUGGCCCCACUGACGGCCACCCAAUUGGGAGCCCGGGCCAUCGAGGCGGCCAUCGAAAAGGCGGGCAUUUCCAAGACCGAUGUCCAGGAGGUGAUCAUGGGCAAUGUGGUUUCAGCCGGCCUGGGUCAGGCUCCGGCCCGACAGGCGGCCAUCUUCGCCGGCCUGCCCACCAAUGUGUGCUGCACGACGGUGAACAAGGUCUGCUCCUCGGGCAUGAAAUCCGUUAUGCUGGGCGCCCAAUCCCUACAGCUGGGCUAUGCCGAUGUGGUCGUCGCCGGCGGCAUGGAGUCCAUGUCGAAUGUGCCCUUCUACCUGAAGCGCGGCUCCACCCCCUAUGGUGGUGUCAAUCUCACCGACGGCAUCGUUUUCGAUGGCCUCUGGGAUGUGUACAACAAGUUCCACAUGGGCAACUGUGCCGAGAACACGGCCAAGAAGCUGCAGAUCACUCGUCAGCAGCAGGAUGACUUCGCCAUCGAAUCCUACAAGCGAUCGGCGGCCGCCUGGGCCAGCAAGGUCUUCCAGGAUGAGAUUGCGCCCGUUAAGAUCCAGCAGAAGAGGAAGCCGGAGAUCGUCAUUUCCGAGGAUGAGGAGUACAAGCGGGUGAACUUCGACAAGUUCGGGCAACUGGCCACGGUUUUCCAGCGCGAGAAUGGCACUGUGACGGCCGGAAAUGCGUCCACGUUGAACGAUGGUGGUGCCGCCGUCGUCCUGAUGACCGCCGAGGCGGCCCAAAAGGCUGGCGUGAAGCCGCUGGCCAGGAUUGUGGCCUUCCAGGAUGCCGAAACGGAUCCCAUCGACUUCCCCAUUGCCCCGGCCUUGGCCAUUCCAAAGCUGCUCAAGCGGGCUGGCGUUCGCAAGGAGGAUGUGGCCAUGUGGGAGGUCAACGAGGCCUUCUCCCUGGUGGUGCUGGCCAACAUCAAGAAACUGGAUGUGGAUCCCGCCAAGGUGAACGUCCAUGGCGGUGCCGUGUCCAUUGGCCAUCCGAUUGGCAUGUCCGGCGCCCGUCUGGUGGCCCAUCUGUCGCACAGCCUGAAGAAGGGCGAACUGGGCUGCGCCUCCAUUUGCAAUGGCGGCGGAGGAGCCUCCUCCAUUCUCCUCGAGAAGUUGUAAGGUCGGCGAGAAGGCCCUGCUCCCACUCAACCAGAGAUGCAUUUAUUGUUCUAGGGACCCAUGUUCUGUGUCUUUUUUUUUUAAAUUGUUAAGUGUCUAACUAUCUUUGUGCCUAGUCGCAUUUAUCGAAAUCUUGUGAUUUGCAUAAUAAAAUUAUGAAACAGUGAGUAAUCAAA